AUGGCACAGAAAGCAAGUUCUUCUUACAUAAUUCGGAAAGAGCAAGUUAACAACUUAAAAAAAGUUAAAUUAAUUCGGGGUUAUCUUUAUCGUCUUUUCCCUGAUAUCGCUCAGUUGCGAACCGAGAUUAAUCGUAAUAAUAUCCAUAUUUAUCUUUCUAUUCCAGAAAUUAACUUGGUUUUAGGUGAAGACGGCAAAAAUGCGACGAAAAUAGUCAAGGAACUAAACCGCCUUAUUAACGAUGACAAAGUUAGUCUGCAUUUCAAUUUAAUUGAAGUAAAGAAUGUUUAUGCUAACGCUCAGGCUGUGGCUAAUUUAAUGGCCAGUCAGAUUAAAAAGCGUUUACCUAUCCGCCAAAUUUUUCGCAAUUUGAUUAGCAAGAUUAAGUUAUCGACCGAAAAAUUCCGGGAGAAAAUUAAAGGUGGAAGUUUUGAAGUUCGGGGUAUUUUAGAUGAUUCGGGUAUUGCCCAAACCAAAAAAGAAAAGUGGGGAAAACUCCCUUUAAGCACUAUCGAUAGUAAUAUUGAAAUCGGUCGGCAAGAAGCCAUUAUUCCUCGUGGAAAAGUGGGGAUUAAAAUAAUACUUUACAAAGGAAAAAUUUGGCAAAAAAAGAAAUCAAUAAACCAAUCUGCUAAACUUGCUAAUGAGCCAGUUCAACGAGAGAAACAAGCGAUUUAA